ACUGUCUAUCUUUGUAUGUGUACUGUGUUUACAUACACAGUUUUGUUUUGCUUUCUUGUUGUAUCUCGUAUGUAUGUCGCGGUAUUGUGAUAUUUAACAAGCAGGCAUUACGAAUUACGGAUUUAAAAUGGAAGAACCAACGGAAAAGAGAAUUCGUAAAACUUCUACCGGAUCUGAAAAUGAUGGCACAAGCUAUGAAAGCUAUGAAAAUCCAAUGGAUUCGAAUAUUUACCUAACCUAUGACAUUUUGAGAAUUGUCUUUACAUAUUUAAAUGGCAUGGACUUAGGAAGAGCCGCGAUGGUUUGCAGGCUCUGGUUAGAAGCUGCAAAUCAUGAAAAAUACACAAGAGGUCCUGAUUGUUUUAUAGAACAUUACCUACAUUUUACAGGUAAAACACGUUGUAUCGAAAAAUCAAAUAUUAAACCAGCUAUAGGAUUUUUUUUUAUUCCUGAAAAAAUACCAACUAAUAUAAAAGGAUGGAUCAGAGAUACACUCCCACAGAAUUGUAAGGCCAUAAUGUUAUAUACUAGUGGUAUUAUUAUCAAUAAAGAAGAGAUCGAAUAUAAAGCAUUUCCAAAUAUAGUAUGCGCACUUUUGCCAGAAGCUCCAAAUGUGAAAAUCAACAGCGCAAUCCUAUGUACAGAAUAUGCUGCGCGAACAUAUCAGCAUGAAUUUUCAUUAUCGUUAUUCGAAGAGCAUAAAAAGAAACUUAUUGAUAUGAUUGAUGAAACACUUAUACCAAAUCAUGACGAGUCUACGUGUUUAAUAUUCUUGUGUAAUGAUUUGAAAGGUGCUAAAAUGGCAACACUUCUGGCCUCGGCUAUACAAGAAUACAGUGGAGAAGAUAGAAUAACUUCUUUAUGGGGUGGUGUUGUAGAUAACAUAAUUUUUAGCAGGCCUUAUGAAUAUUGUAUAGCUGUUCUAAUUACUGGUUCGAUACAAUCAUGGUCUAUAGUUGUAGACAGAAGAUGCAGUACAAAGGAGCAAGUUAUAAAAAGGUUAAGAUUAUUUAAGAACCAAGUAAAAUUAAAGAAACAUUCCGUGGGAUUUAUGUUUGCAUGUAAAGCUCGUGGAUGUGGUAUGUAUGACGAGAAAAAUGUGGAAUCAACGAUAUUCAAGACAUUAUUUCCCGAAGUACCUUUAGUUGGUUGUUUCGGCAACGGCGAGUUUGGGAAAAAUACGAUGCCCAUUGAUGAGAUGGACAAGAAAAUAGAGGGCAAAAAGGACUGGUAUAAUCAAUACUCGACCAUAUUUAUGAUACUUACGUACGGUUGAUGCUUUGAAAGAAGACGCGUAUGGAUGUUUGUGCUACGAUUAUUUUUUUCAUUCGCGCAUUGUUAGAUUUUAACUAGAUCUCUGUCUUUCUUUCUCUUUCGAACUGUUCUUUUUUUCAUUUAUAAUUAUACAUAAACAAUGGGGCUUGCAUUCAUAAAGUAAAAACAUACAACAUGACGAAUGUAUAGCAAUAAAUCUAAAUAUAGAGAUCAUACUUUAUUCUUAAAUGCGUUCUACGAGUGUUUUGUACGAGUUCUAAGAUGUCGUUGUCUGAAGAUUAAAGAAAUAAAUAUAUUAUAUGUAAUAAUAUAUUAUUGUUCGUAUA